AUGUUAAAGUUACAUAUUUUACUAGCUGUUUUAGCGGUGACGCAAGCAGCGACCAUCUCAAUGACGGAGGGAGAUGAUGGAUUGCCAGUUGAGACUCUGCCAAACGAAGGCAGUAUUGAAACGCCAGAUGUUAUUGAUUCCGAUGAUGGUGCGGAUCAUACCACUCCAACUGACGACGAUGGAGAUGAUGCCACUCCAACUGGUGGUGAUGACGUGACCGAUGAUCGUGAACUUGAUACUGCUGUUAGUUGUGAAAUUGCAUUUUCUGAAGGUCCUUACACCACUACCAUCCUGUUUGACCAUUGUCCAGACGAAGAAACACUUACUACCCCACCUGGUUGGCCAGCAAAGCCAUAUGAAGCUUGUACUAUUUACAACGGAUACCAAUACUGUGCUGAUGGUAAUUGUGAAUACAACAGUACUGACUACUAUGGGCUUGCUUACUGGUGGACUACGUGCUCGACCGAUGGCUGUACAUUCAAGACUGAAGGUCCUUCCAUUGGUUACGAUUGUGCUACGACUUCUACACUUAAGAAUGGGUGCUUAAAAAUUGAAAGAAAAGACUGGUAUGUAACUUCCACAACCAUUAGUUGUCCUGCACCAACCGAGUGUAAUACCACGGUUUACGAAUUCGAGAAUACUCCACACACCUUGACUACUUGUCCUCCAAAUGUUGAUGUACCAGAAAACUGUACUAUGGAAGAAACCACGAUUGGUACUAAGACAUUUACUGCACUUGACUGUCUGGUCGAAGUUCCAAAUAUAGAAAUUCCACUGCCACCAAUUGUUUGUGAAUUAACUUCAUCAAUUUCGAAAACAGCUACAUACACUUAUGUCACGUGUGAGUAUGUGCCAGAUAAUUGCUCGACGACAUACACCACAAACACGAAGAAUAGUACCAUAACAUUAUUGGUAUGUCCAACCACAUCAAUUGAGCUUCUUCCACCAGGAGUUAGCACCACGACUAUCUGUCCAUACGACUCAUGCCGUAAAGGACCAGUUGGAGGUACUGGAGGCGGAGGUGGAUCAGGUGGAGGAUCCGGAGGUGGAUCUGGAGGUGGAUCUGGUGGUGGUUAUGGUGGUGGUUAUGGCGGUGGUUAUGGAGGUGGUUAUGGCGGUGGUUAUGGCGGUGGCUAUGGUGGCGGAUCCGGAAGUGGCUAUUGUGAUGGCUAUGGAGGUGGAUCAGGAGGUGGAUCUGGCGGUGGCUACGGUGGUGGCUACGGUGGUGGCUACGGUGGCGGUUACGGAGGUGGAUAUGGUGGAGGCUAUGGUGGAGGUGGCGGUGGUGGUAAUCAACCUACUGUUUACAAAACCAGGACUGCAACUAUUACUGAAAAAGAUACCAUCACUGAGACUUGCUUUGUCUUUGAGUCCGUUAUUACAUUCCCAGAUUCUACUAUAACAACUGAGUAUACAAUCACGAUUGGACCAAGUGAAAGUGAUGAUUCUGAUCAUGACCAUAAAUCUACCGACGAUGAAACAGCUACCGAUACCGACGAUGAAACAGCUACUGAAACCGACGAUGAAACAGCUACUGAAACCGAUGAUGAAACAGCUACUGAAACCGAUGACGAAACAGCUACUGAAACCGAUGACGAAACAGCUACUGAAACCGAUGACGAAACAGCUACUGAAACCGAUGACGAAACAGCUACCGAUACCGAUGACGAAACAGCUACUGAAACCGAUGACGAAACAGCUACUGAAACCGAUGACGAAACAGCUACUGAAACUGAUGACGAAACAGCUACUGAAACCGAUGACGAAAUUGCUACAGGUACCGAUGAUGAAACUGACACUGAAUCCGGUGAUGACGAUACUGCUACCGAUACCGAUGAUGAAACUGCUACAGACACGGGUGAAAACGAAGUGACACCUACUGUUACAGAUGAAGAAGGUGAAGAGCCAACUGUUACAGAUGGAGGUGACACCGGAGAACAGCCAACUGAUGGAGGUGACACUGGAGAACAGUCAACUGAUGGAGGUGAUACUGGUGAACAGCCAACUGAUGGAGGUGACACUGGAGAACAGUCAACUGAUGGAGGUGAUACUGGUGAACAGCCAACUGAUGGAGGUGACACUGGAGAACAGUCAACUGAUGGAGGUGAUACUGGGGAGCAACCCGCUGAUGGAGGUGAACAACCAGCAGAAGGCGGUGAUACAGGAGAGCAACCCGCUGAUGGAGGUGAACAACCAGCUGAAGGCGGUGACACUGGAGAAGGAGGCGAUACCGCUCCACAAUAG